AUUAAAUAAAAAUGAUGUUCUUCAAGUAAGAUUUUAUAAGUUGUAUAGUUUAAGCUUUUAAAGAUUCUUUGCAGGUUUUGGUUCAGUUUUAGACCCUUUACUGUCUCAAGAGAACUGUACAUUAGAGAUGAUUCUUGAUGAUGACACAUUAUAAGAGAUAAAAUUAAAUGGAGCAACAAAGUUUGGAAAUUUGUAAUUAUAAAUUGAUUUAUUAGAGUGUAACAAAAAAUAUAGAUACAUUUAGUAAGAUGAUAGGAUAUUUGUGUGUAAAUGAAGAUGAAGAGUAUAAUGAGAAGACAUAGAUUAGGUAAAAUGAUUAAACUUAAAAAUGAUUAAGAUAUCCUUUUAUGAUAAGUGAGGCAAUAGGAAAUGAAAAUGGUCCAAUAAUAGAUUAUCUAUUUGAAGGAGAUAAAUAGAAUCCAAAUUAUGAAGAGAAUGAAGAAUCAAGACAGAAAUUCUUACCAAAGAUUUUUGAUAUUUUGGAUAGAGAUUAUUUGAAUGUUACACUUGCUGGAUAUUUAUCAAAAGUAGUAUGUGGAAUUAUAAGAAGAAGAGGUUAUGAUGUACAAAUAAUACAUAUUAUUAAAAGUUAUGGAGAUUUCUAUCUUAACCAGAACAUAAAUCAAUUAUAAGUAAUUUGAUUAAGAAUUUGGAUGUAUUUCAUAUAGCUGAAAUAAUUGAAAAAUUAAUUAUCUUAGAUACUAAUUAAGAACAAUAAGAUAAUCAAACUAAUUUUUAGGAUGAGAGAAUUGAAUUGCUACGUAGAGUCAUAAGAGUUUUUGAAUAUAAGACUCAUUAAAAUGAUGUAACAGAUAAUUGUAGUCAUAUCAUAAUUGAAAUUCUAAACAAAUCAGAAUUGUUUCUAUCUGUUCUUAAUAUACCUGAAAAACUAUUUACCAUAGCUGUAAAUAUUAAAUUAUAUUCAUAGUUAAAUUCUAGUUCUGCUACUGUUGUUUCUGUAAUCAUUACAUUACUUGAAGCCAUCCAUCGUUAUGUUUAAUAGCAAUAAGAUAAGAAUCCAUCUUUUUCAUUUUCUUAUCAUUAAUUUUAUCCAAUUGCCUAGGAAUUCAAGAGUGCAUUGCUUGUUGAUAAAAUAUCUAUUAGUAAUUUCACUUCCUUAUUCAAGGUGCUUUCAAUACUACUUAUGGAAUCUCACNUAAAAAUGAUGUUCUUCAAGUAAGAUUUUAUAAGUUGUAUAGUUUAAGCUUUUAAAGAUUCUUUGCAGGUUUUGGUUCAGUUUUAGACCCUUUACUGUCUCAAGAGAACUGUACAUUAGAGAUGAUUCUUGAU